ACAUUCAUUUGGGACUUCAAAUACGCCGACACACCAUGGGGUAACCCAUACCUGGCGCUCAUGCCUGAUGUCCUUCACCAGGCGGACGUUGGGGUGUGGAUGCACAUUCGUGACGCCAUAGCUACACUCGACAACGCAAAGAACGGCAAGCUAGACGAGAUGAAGUGGCUAUGGAAGCAUGGGCGGAUAGCCGGCCUGAAUCUGCCCGUUCCAGGGACGUAUUUCCAAUCCGGAGCUCGCGUCUCUGCUGCUGAACACCGUGCAGUGAUGCAAGUGGCAAUCUUCAUUUUAGAAGGGCUUGUUGAUAAAGUGCAUCUGGACGCGGUGCAGGCAUUCUUGCGCUGGUACAAGGCCACCUUCCGCCCGCGCUAUCACACUGACGAAAGUCUUGCCAAAGUGGAUCUCCUUGCGCAUAGGAUGAUCACAAAACUGAAAGAGGCGUUUCCUACCCAGGCAUCUGCCUGGAAGGUUGUGAAAGUGCACAUGGUGGUGCACUAUUCUGAUGCGAUUCGAAGGGGGGGGUUGCCUGAGGAGUACUCAACAAAUAUGUAUGAGCAUUUUCACAAAGUCACAGUGAAAAGACCGUACCGCGCCUCAAACCGCCGCCAAUGGACCGAGUCGAUAGUUAAAAGUAAUCAAUUCCUAUCCAUGCUAGCACAGGUGGAAAGUGAUAUCCAUGAGGAGCGCGACUACAAUUGUGCCUUCUACGAGUUACUGCUUUUAAAAGGCCUUCCUACCUCAACCCUCUCCUCAACAUUCCCUCUCACGCUUGGACCUAAAAAUCCUCGCUCUUAUACCACACAUCCCCCCCUCCUCCGAAUUGUACCUCUCCUCUCUGGCCUGCAACCGUCAAUCUCAUCACCCAUCAUCACCCCUCACACGUCCCUCUCCUCUCUGGACUGCUGUGCCACAUUCAUCCCCCACUCCCUCACACGUCCCUCUCCUCUCUGGACUGCUAUGCCACAUUCAUCCCCCACUCCCUCACACGUCCCUCUCCUCUCUGGACUGCUAUGCCGCAUUCAUCCCCCACUCCCUCACACGUCCCUCUCCUCUCUGGACUGCUAUGCCGCAUUCAUCCCCCACUCCCUCACACGUCCCUCUCCUCUCUGGACUGCUAUGCCGCAUUCAUCCCCCACUCCCUCACACGUCCCUCUCCUCUCUGGACUGCUAUGCCGCAUUCAUCCCCCACUCCCUCACACGUCCCUCUCCUCUCUGGACUGA